AAGAUGUACGAGUACCUACACUAAGUACAUGGGAUUGUUAUGUAAAUGGCUAGGAUUAUAUUGUUUUUUUUUUUUUGUAGGUACGGAAAAUGUUGUAGGUCGUAACGAAAUCAAAUAUUUUAAUGGUUGUUUUGUAAUGUGUCUUAUGUAUAUUAAUUUUAGGUGCUUUUUAUAUAUUUACAUUGGGUUAGUUUUUCGUCACUGUAUCUUUUAUGGUAGAUAUGACUGCUAUUCUUUCAAGAUACUAGUCAAAAGUACUCAUUUUAAAAACAAUACAUUUUUUUUAAUACUGUCGACAAUCAAUUUCAAUAUCAGUAUUUUGAUUAUAUUGCAAGAAAUGCUAUGUAAUCUAAAUUAUAAAUUUUGAUUAUAUUUCUUCUGUUUUUAAAAUAGGUACUAAUGAUUAUUA